GACGUACCAGCAUACCACCAAGCAGAAGUGAAAAAAGUCUCACCACUCAAAUCAAUAUUUAACCUCAAGCUAUGGGCCUGGGGUAAACACUUUCACGUCUGGUACCCAGGAUGACACGCUGGGCCCCUCCAUCUGUCUUUAUGGUCAGCUGGAAUCGAUCUGUGUAUUUAACGAUUUACUGACACUGGAACAGGUGAAGGCCCUUAACAAGACAGGUAAAUAAACUUAUACACCUGGUGAUCACCUGUAAAUCUGAAACAGGUAGGUCAGUUUUUACUCCUGAUAUCCACCUGUAUGGCCGGCACAGGGGCAUAUAAGAUUCAAUAUGUCACCACAUCAUUGUCAUUGUAAUACCAAAAAUAUUGAAUACCUAUCAAUGUAAUUUUAUUGAUUGUUUAAAUUGUUUAAGACAGUGGUGCCAGGCCAAUUGUUAUUUCUCCAAUGAGAUAGGGCCUCAAGCAACAAUUUUUAAGACUUGAGUUUAUCAAGGGUAUUAUGACUGAAUUAAAUGUAUGUAUUCCUCUGGAUUUAUGACAAGCUAUAUCCAUAAUAUCAAGUACACAUGGAGCGUAUUGAUCCCAUAACUGGGUUACUUUGUAAUACACUUACAAUUAUGUUGACUAAGAUCUGAGUUGUCCGUGUCACACGACUGUAAACAAUAACAAUGCAUUACUACAUAAACAUCCUGCAAACUGUAACAGCAAUUUAUUUUUGUUUAGGCUUCAAUUCACUGUUCCAUUUUGCAAGUGACCCAGCACUAGCUGACCUGCCAGUCAAGCUCAUUGCCAGGUACAAUGCCAAAGUAAACUAAAACAUUUUAAAACAUUUUUAUGAAACGUUAAAAAAAAAAAAGCCUGUGUUAUUUCUAUUGCUUGACUGUUACUUUGAGCCCAAUUCUUUCAUCCUAACACAAUACAAUGGCAAAUGUCUAGACUUGGACUUGUUUUAUGUGGCUUAUAAGUAAAUCAAGGACUUUGAUGUUGGUGAAAUAAACAAAGAACACAUAUCACCAGGCUUCAACCAUGCAAGAUAUAAGACAGCCAUGUUGUAUUUAUAAAUCAGAUACAAGACAGCCAUGUUGUAUUUAUUAAUCAGAUAUAAGAACACAGCAAUGUUGUAUUUAUAAAUCAGAUAUAAGACAGCCAUGUUGUAUUUAUUAAUCAGAUAUAAGAACACAGCCAUGUUGUAUUUAUUAAUCAGAUAUAAGAAUACAGCAAUGUUGUAUUUAUAAAUCAGAUAUAAGACAGCCAUGUUGUAUUUAUUAAUCAGAUAUAAGAACACAGCCAUGUUGUAUUUAUUAAUCAGAUAUAAGAACACAGCAAUGUUGUAUUUAUAAAUCAGAUAUAAGACAGCCAUGUUGUAUUUAUUAAUCAGAUAUAAGAACACAGCCAUGUUGUAUUUAUUAAUCAGAUAUAAGACAGCCAUGUUGUAUUUGUUAAUCAGAUAUAAGAACACAGCCAUGUUGUGUUUAUAAAUCAGAUAUAAGACGGCAUUAUUGUACUUAUCAAGAUUAUUUAGACACAAACAAUUUGUUUAAAUGAAACAAUAUAGGUUCAGCUUUAAUAAUGACCAUACAGAAUACAAAUGUUAACAAAUGAUCUGUAGAUGUUAACAAAUUAUCAUACAGAAUACAAAUGUUAACAAAUGAUCAUACAGAAUACAAAUGUUAACAAAUGAUCAUACAGAAUACAAAUGUUAACAAAUGAUCAUACAGAAUAAUAAUAAUAAUAAUAAGAGGUCUUAUUUAGCGCUGUACUCCAGCCUAGGGCUGGGCUCACCGUGCUGUACAUAAAAAUUUUAUUAAAUGAGACAUAAUCAUGACAUUAAAAUAAAAUACAUUUAUGAAAUAAAGAACAGCAAUGUAUAUAAAUGUUAACAACUUACUUUGUUUUAAUCAGGGACUUGCACGCUUAUUCUUUUCUCUCAUUUUUAGCUAGGAUACAGUGAUAUAUAUAUAUAUAUAUAUAUAUAUAUAUAUAUAUACAUAUUAUGUAUAAUUAAACAAGCAUUGGAAAUAAUUUGCUAACUAAAACUAAUUAGAAAAUUAGAAGUUAGAUGGGGCCAACUUGAGCCAACUAGUUAAAUAGAAUACUGGCCAUAUGAGUGUUAGUUAGACAGUCAUAAUUUUAUCUUCAAAUUAGAAAGACAUCGUCUGUGCUCACAUUCCAUUUCAGGCUUGCAAGAGUCAAAUCUGUGCUGACCUUUCACCUUACCAAAACCAUGGAACUUUUGUUGGCAACAAGUGUAUCAACUGGGACUUGAGGGUUUGUUUUUAUUCACUACUUGUACAAAAAUUAUGGAGUAUUCAUUAUUUGGAUACUAAAGGCUCGAGUGGAAAAGGAAUAACCAUUAAUUGCUUGAGUGGAAAGGGUGCACCCGCUAGUUGCUUGAGUGGAAAGCGAGUACCCAUUAAUUUUGUUUGCCCAUCCAGUGAAAGGGUGUGCUUUCGUGUAUGGGAGUGAAAAGAUGACUCAUGGAGAAUUUGAAAGCAGACAAUGUUAUUUGAAUAAGAGAAUGCUAGUUUUUUCAUGAUGUGUUUUUUUUUUUGCACUAUGUAUGACCAGGUGAUGCUCUUAACAUAGUGGUGCCCAUGCAAUGCACUCUAGGAUUGUAGGAGAGAUCAAUUAAUACAAAUAAUCAAAAGCAAAAAAACUAUUAAUUAAAUUUAAGUCAAUGUAGAGGAUCAAGUAUAGCGGGGUGGUAUAUGUUAAGAGAGGAUGAGGUAGGGUGGGAUUGGGGGGGGGGGUUGUUGAGGUUAAGAGUAGGCGUUUAGGGAAGGAAGCAGACGGAUGGUGUAUGUGGAAGGGGGGGUAACUGAGCAUCUCUCAUGGCGAAUGUGGCCGUCCCUAGUGAUACUGGUUCUCAUAAUUCUUAGAAGUUGAGGAUUUUAUCAGAAUUUGAGAUAAUUUCUUACUUAAAUCUUUAUUUUUAAUCCCCCCCCCCCUCCCCUUUUCAAUGGCAAACCUGUUUACCUUCAAACUCUCAAAAUCGUACAAUAUCAUCACAAAAUCGUUCAGUACAUUAUCUUAAUAGUAAAAAAGAAACAUAAAGAAUAUAUAAUGUAUUCAAAAUUGUACAUUGUACGCCAAAAUCGUAAAAGUAAACAGGUCUGCAACAGGCAUUAAUUUUAUCAAUAUUCUUUUGGUUUGCCCUCUGCAACAAUAUCAACUAUAGGAUGUUAUCAACUGCCUCGGAAGCAUACAAGUGUUAUUUCCCUUGCUGGAGAUGCUGGAUCAUACAAUCAUAGAGAUGCCCGUGGAGAGCCCAAGUUCACCAACCAAAACAGAAGCCUAUGAACUUGAUCUCGAUGAAUGGGCCCUAGUCACCUCAGGAACAUCUGUUUCAUCAGGUAAACUAUUAAUUUGAUGAUUUAGAAACUUGAUUGCUGUCACAAACAUUAAAUCCAUAUAACAAAAAUAUUUUCUUGAUUUUAAAAUUCUAUAAUUUACAUCACAUUUAUUUCAUUAGGCAGAGGGGGAGGGAAGGGGGGCACAUAUGUCCCCGGGCGCCAAGGUACAGGGGCGCAAAAAUGAGGGCUACAACGUUACACAAUAAUAAGUAAACAAGGGAAAGAAAUUGGUCACAAGAUCUUGCUCUUCUUAGCGUUCAAAGAGAAACAUUGAAUAAAACAGAUAUUGAUUGGGUAAUGGACCAGUUUGUGACAGUAACAUCAAGAAAAAUAAACUUUUUAUAGACCAUGUAAACCAGUCUAUGACAGACACUGAGUGGGUCAUGUACUAUAAGUUCUAUAAAUUUGCUUCUUUAAAUAGAAUGUUUUAUUAAAAUUUAAAUUGUUUUCCUUAUUCAAUGUAAUAGAACAAUGUGAUAAAAUGCGGAGAGGGCUGGGGUCGCCAAUUGUAUAGUUCCUCCCUGGUCGCAAAAUAUUAUAGCUACGCCUCAUAUGUUACCUAAUGAUGUCAUUGCUAUAAGCGUAUAAUUGCUAGUAGUAAAAGCAUAUAAUUGCUAGUGGUAAAAGCGUAUAAUUGCUAGUAGUAAAAGUGUAUAACUGCUGUUAGUAAAAUCAUAUAACUGCUAGUAGUAAAAGCGUAUAAUUGCUAGUAGUAAAAGCGUAUAGUUGCUAGUAGUAAAAGCGUAUAAUUGCUAGUAGUAAAAGUUUAUAACUGCUAGUAGUAAAAGCGUAAAACUGCUAGCAGUAGAAGCUUAUUAUCGCUAUUAGCCAUAAACUCUGGCGCCCUGCUAUAACGUGAUAAUUGGGGUCUAUAAAUUCAGAUGGCAUUAACAGCGACUUGUGUAUUACUGAGGUUUGACUUUUAUCUGUGUCGAAAUGAUUUUUUGGUUACAUUGAUGAGAUGGAUCAUUUCAUUUCAAGAACACAGUUUUGUUUAUUGGUGAGCAAUUUGGUGUUGAAGUCAGACUAGUUGUAUGUGUUUGUGAUGUAAAAAAAAAAAACAACAAAAAAAACCCCCUACAUUAUUUUUAUUUCUAAAUUUUUUUUUUCACUUACUAUGAAAUACAACGAUCUGGUGCAAAUGUUGCGCAAUAUUUUCAGAGCCAUGGCAGGACUGCAGUAUCCAAAUUUUCUUUAUGUUUGGGUUCCACUGUACCUGUAAUUGCUUGUUUCCGCUGUACCUGUAAUUGCUUGUUUCUGCUGUACCUGUAAUUGCUUGUUUCCGCUGUACCUGUAAUUGCUUCUUUCCACUGUACCUGUAAUUGCUUGUUUCCGCUGUACCUGUAAUUGCUUGUUUUCACUGUACCUGUAAUUGCUUGUUUCCGCUGUACCUGUAAUUGCUUCUUUCCGCUGUACCUGUAAUUGCUUGUUUCCGCUAUGCAAAUGUUGCGCAAUAUUUUCAGAGCCAUGGCAGGACUGCAGUAUCCAAAUUUUCUUUAUGUUUGGGUUCCACUGUACCUGUAAUUGCUUGUUUCCGCUGUACCUGUAAUUGCUUGUUUCUGCUGUACCUGUAAUUGCUUGUUUCCGCUGUACCUGUAAUUGCUUCUUUCCACUGUACCUGUAAUUGCUUGUUUCCGCUGUACCUGUAAUUGCUUGUUUUCACUGUACCUGUAAUUGCUUGUUUCCGCUGUACCUGUACUUGCUUCUUUCCGCUGUACCUGUAAUUGCUUGUUUCCGCUGUACCUGUAAUUGCUUGUUUCCGCUGUACCUGCAAUUGCUUCUUUCCCCUGUACCUGUAAUUGCUUGUUUCCGCUGUACCUGUAAUUGCUUGUUUCCGCUGUACCUGUAAUUGCUUGUUUCAGCUGUACCUGUCAUUGCUUGAUGUUUGUGAACUUGACUCCCUCCAGAGCUGAAACUUGAACACAACCAGCUGGCUGCCUUCAUUACCAUGCUGAGGUAUGUGCUCAAAGGAAAGACAGUCAACAAAGACAACUUUGUCAGGACCCACUGUGCCUCAACUUUGGCCAUGCUUAUGCAGAAGGUAAGAAAAUGUUGACAAACCUGCUGAGAUGUAAAUUUCUCUAAAUGUAAAAGUAAAACAUUUAUAAGGGGACAUAAUUUACUUAGGGGUCGUUUGCAAAUUAUGUCACACUGAAAAUGACCUUUUCAGACCCCCCCUCCCCCGUCAUAAAGUGUCUCAAAUUCUUUACCCCCCACAUAGUGUAACGUAACACCUACAAAAUUUCAAAACAAACAUAAAAUUUCAUAAACUAAACUAAGAUUUUAUUUUAUUCUUUAACAUUUUCCCAUAAGGGAUUAAGAUGUAGUAUCAUUAAAAAAAACAAGAUGGCCGUAUAAAAAGAAAGCAAGCAUAAGUUUUAAUAAUUUGUGACAUACUAUUUGACAAAUUAAAAUACUGUUAAAUUUAACUUUGUAAACUUGAAGACUUCGGAUGUAUUGAAACAUUUUUACAAGAUUUCAAUUUUAUAGUAAGUGUUAUAAAGAUUUUUUGGAUUUCUUCUGUGUCAAGUUUAAAGCGGAAGUUGUUUUACAAAGCUUUCUUUUUCAAUAAUUUCAAUUUGUGAGCACAAUAUUUCCAAUUCAAGAUGCACACACAACGGGCCCCAGUAAGAUGUGUGAAACUUGACAGUGUUCACCAUGACAAAACACUUGCCCUUACAUUGACAGGGAAGGAAGCCUUUAGGACAACGCAGUCCGAAAUCCUUAGCACCCUGUUUGACAAAUAUAAGAUUGGAAGCAGAGACAUUGUGGCCUUUUACCAGUUUGAGGGACCCUUAAAGUGGUAUCUGAAGCUUGGAGAGAGAGCGGAAAAACAAAUGUAUGACAACAUGCAUUUAACUAAUAUUAAAAUCAAUAAAGACAUAAUGCUCACCGUUGAGCACAUUGGCCGAGAAAGGGCCAAACUAUUUUUACAUUGGGUACCACCUACCCUGCCAAAGGAAGGGGUAGAGGAGAUGUUACAUUUUUUAUCUGAAGAGAAAGUGGAGGUAUUUCAAAAUAAAGAAUGGGCCGACCGAAGGACUGUGGUCUAUAGACCAAAAAAAAACGUGAUUGUGCCACAUUAUCUACUCUUAGAGUGUGGUAUUAUCAAAAACACAAAAAUCUUGGUACUGUUGCCAGGAAGAUAGCAAGUGUGCUUCCAUUGUGCCUCUUUGGACCACUGGACCAGCAAAUGUAGACAUUUUCGAAAAGGAAAGCCUUCACAGGUAGGUGACAUAACAAACUCACCAGGCCGACUAAUAAUCGACGAAGAUAAUACAGACGGGAUGACCCCUGGAAAAUGUGCCUGAUCAAGUUUCAUGGAUGCUGCCUAUAAUACCAGAGGCAAUUUCCACAUGGAAAAUGAAUGUUUUUAAAAUUAAUUGAAUAAAGAGUUUUCAAAAUUAGAAAAUUUUAGAUUUUUUAUUUUCUUUAUUUUGUGACGUCACAAAUUUUUUAUCCCCCUCCCCCGUCCCAAGUGUCACAAAUCCCAUCCCCCCCCCCCGAACGUGACAUAAUUUGUGAACGACCCAAUUCCACAUGGAAAAUGAAUGUUUUUAAAAUUAAUUGAAUAAAGAGUUUUCAAAAUUAGAAAAUUUUAGAUUUUUUAUUUUCUUUAUUUUGUGACGUCACAAAUUUUUUAUCCCCCCCCCCCGUCCCAAGUGUCACAAAUCCCAUCCCCCCCCCCCCGAACGUGACAUAAUUUGUGAACGACCCAUUACCCUUAAGAUUGAAGAUAUAGACUCAAAUUUUGGAUUAUGUUUUUCAACUCCAACCUAAAUCCCUAGAUUAAAUUCACCCUAUCAGGUUUGAGUGUCACUACUGUCAGGUUCAUCGAGACAUGAUGGAUUUGACAGUUCUGAUGUCAAUCCAGUAUCUGAUAGAGGAUUGUGACGACACCCCCAGUGUGAAAUCAAUACUUCUGCAACACAUCUACCACGACAUCCUGUUUGACUUCUCACUGUGGAGCAAGACACAUUUUGCAGUUAGAAUAGGUAACAAAAAGCAAGACACAUUUUCCGGUAAUUUGUAACAAAAAGCAAUACACAUUUUCCAGUUAGAAUAUGUAACAAAAAGCAAGACACAUUUUUCCGGUUAGAAUAUGUAACAGAAAGCAAGACACAUUUUCCAAUUAGAAUAUGUAACAAAAAGCAAGACACAUUUUCUGUUCAGAAUAUGUAAAUAAAUUUGGGAUGAGAUUAAAUGUAUGUGCAUUUGAUUGAGCAACUGUUGAAUUUAAAAAAAAAUAAUAUAAAUAUUGUUUCCUAGGACACAUCCAGUAUCUAUCCACCAUCAUCAAAGAAGAUCGCAAAUAUUUCAGAAAGAAGUAUGGCGUGCAAUUUUUCUUGGAUAUCAUCAGGGCCUACUACGGGUAA